AUGCGUCGAACACGUGAGACCACUGUAAGGAUUGUGAUUCUCGGUGCUGGGAUCCACAAUGCGAACACCAAUGUCAUCGACAAUGUGGACACUGACAUUGAAAAUACUAAUAUUAAUGUGGUCGACGAUGUGAACAAUAAUAAUAAGGAGUACAGUGGACAAGAAGGUCAAGGCAACAACAGCAAAUGUUCUAUCGAUGAUGUAAACGGGCCUAGUGCGACUCCAGUUACUAAACGGUCAUGCAAGUUGAUAUUCAGCAAUAUUAUCGAUGGAGAUAAACGUAAUCAAAUCAUCAGCCACAUGGAGGAAAAUGUAAAAUUCCUCAAGUUUUCUGAGUGGGAGAAUAUUGAAAAACAAUAUCUGUUAAAAGAUUUUUAUGAGGCUGCGGGCAAUUUGUUUAAAACAAUAAGCCCUAUUGUAAAUGAUAAAACUGCUGAAGAAGGUAUUGCUGCCUUGGAGAAAGAACUGGUAUCUGGAGAUACAGUUGUUAGUGUUGGCAAGGCUAUCCUUUCACAGUCAGGCAUAACGCCAACACAUCUUGGCACAGCAACUAAUGACGAAUGGCAAUCAUUUAUUGCUGAAGCUUUCAGCAUGCUGGCUGGUGAACGCAUGGCUGAAAAGCUUCAAUUUACCAAGGAUGGGAAGCAGUGGCCGUGA